UCUACCAAAGAUUACUAGUUCAAAGAGGGUGGUCUGGUGUGGAUAUAAAUGCUUCCUUUCUCCAUCACCAUAUUUAUUUUAGGGAGGUGACAAGAGAUAACUAAUAACUUGAUUACUUCAAGUCAAACAAAUUGCUAGGAGUUUCACUUCAUCCAUGGCAACAACAGGUGAGCAGGUCAGAGUCCAUUUGUGAACAGGGUUGUCAUGGCGCUCGAGAUGAAAUCCGUCGACUAUGAGUUGGUUGAAAUGAACCGACACGAAAAACCAGAGCUCCUUGUCAAAAGCAACCCUGUUCACAAGACAAAUUCCAGUGCUCAUUCAUGGUGAUAGGCCAAUCUGUGAGUCUCUCAUCAUUGUUCAUGAUGCAUGCCCCUUCCAUCCGAUCCCCAUGACCGUGCCACUGCUCGAUUCUGGGCUGCUUUUGUUGAUGACAAGCUACAGUUUUCGUCUUCCUUUCUUCAGCUUCACACAAAGACAAGAGUUAAAAAAAUUUGAAAUGGUUUGGCUAGUUGGUUCCGGGCAAAUUUGGGCGGGCGAAGGAGAGGAGGCUAACGCGUUGGCUUUUGAAAAAGCAAUGGAAGCAUUUGUGUUGUUGGAGGAGGCAUUCAUCAGCUGCAGCAAAGGCAAAGCUUUCUUUGGUGGAGAUGAUGGUUGGAUACCUUGAGAUGAUGAAUGGUACUAAAAUCCUCGACGAAGCCAAGACUCCUCGUCUGGCCACUCUGACAGCCUGGCUAAGGAUGUUAUGCUGGAUCCUCACAAGAAGAUCCUGGCCAUGUCAAAAGCUGCUUCUGAUUGAAAAUAUUCUGUUUUUAUCAAUGUUGUUAUUGGAAAGUUGUCUUGUCUUUCUUUCUUAUCAUAAGAGUAUCUUUUUUCUAGUGAAUUUGUUUAUAGCAAUGAGGCUUUUUAGGCUAGGAUAGUUCACUUUUUACAGCUUACAUGAAGAAAACAGAAGUAAGUUUCUAUGUAAUGAAUAUUUUAAUUAGGCUGAAAAAAAUAUAUAUCAAUCUUUGUUUUCAAGUCUGUAAAGUGUAAAUAGCAGAAACAGUUUAUCUGUAUUUAUAGGUAAAAAUAUAGGGCUGCUGAAAUGUUAGCCAAACUUAGUAGUGGCUAGACUUGAGAUUAUGCUAAUCAAUGAUCUAGUAGAAAAUAAUUCUUUUGCAGGGCAAAAAGUCUAAUCUACUAACAUUAUUCUACUGUAUAUAGACAUGGUAUUAUUUGAAGAUGAGAUAUCUUUUUAGGCAAUCAAACAUAACAUUUUCUGAGUUCAAACUUGGUGAUUCUUGAUCAAAAUGAUGAGCAGAGAAACAUGUGGAGUUGAGCUGCUUGGAGCAUGGGCAAGCCCAUACUCAAUCAGAGUGCAGAUAGCUCUAAAUCUCAAGUCGAUACCUUAUCAAUUCACCGAAGAGAAAUUCUACACGAGCAACAAAAGCGCACGCCUUCUUGAGGCCAACCCGGUCCACAAGAAAAUCCCAGUUCUGGUCCAUGACGGAAAGCCUAUAUCCGAGUCCCUCAUCAUCCUUCAAUACAUUGAUGAAGUAUGGCCUUCCAAUGUCCCAUCCAUCCUUCCCUCCGACCCCUAUGAUCGCGCCAUGGCAUGCUUUUGGGCAGCAUAUGUUGAUGAUAAGUGGUUUCCGGCAUUCAGGGAGCUGGAGAAGGCAUCAGGAGACGAGGAAAGAGGCGCGAUCGUUGAGAGGAUACAUGAAGGGGCAGUAUUAUUGGAGAAGAGCUUUGUGAAAUGCAGCAGAUUGAAGGCUUAUUUUGGUGGAGACCGCCUUGGUUACAUGGAUCUUGUGUUGGGAAGCUACUUGGGAUUUAUUAAAGUAACAGAAUCUGCAACUGGUCUUGUGAUAUUUGAGGAAAUGAGGACUCCUAGAUUAGCAAGAUGGGCUCAACGUUUCUCUUUACAUGAAGCAGCUAAGGAUGUUUUGCCAGAUGCUCAAAAGCUUUAUGAGUUUUACAUCAUGGUUCGAGACUCUCAGAAGAUUGAAUAAAUAAGUUUUUGUUUACCAAACAAUAAAAUGAUUUCUAUACAAGUGUUCUACGAUUAUUGCAUAAAA